AUGCCACGUAAGCUACGUAAGAAUAUACGUAAGAGGAAGGGAGCAUUGAAACAUCCAAUAGUAAAACUGACACCACAACAACAGUUGCAACAACAAAUGCUGAAUGACCCCACUAUGUUGCAACAAAUGUCAAACAAUCCUAUGCUUUUAAACCGAGUUGUUGGUGCACAGAGUGGAGGUUUAAGAGCGGCACUUUUAGCGAAAAUGGCAGGCUAUGGUGGAGCUGCAGACGGAACAGCCUAUAACCCUCAAAGUCAAAUGAAUUUGAGUUCACUCAAAAAUCAAAUAACAGAUGUCAAAAAGUCAAACAUAGACAUACAGAAGCAAAUAAGUGAAAACGAAAAGAAACUAGAAUAUGACAGACACACAAAGAAACUCAAUGAGUUAAACGUAGAGAAAAAGAAGAAAGAAGAACAACUGAAGGAACUAAGUACAGAGGAAUAUGCGAAAAAAGUGUCAGAAAAAGCAGCAGAAGUAGCAAAAAUGGAACAAGAUGUCAUAAAUUUGAAAAACCAUACUACUCAAUAUAAAAUACUGAAAGAUGAAGAGAUAAAACAAAAAGCCCUGAAGACAUAUAUGGAUAGCGAUGAGUAUAAAAAAGAAGUUGAAGCAAAUGUAAAGGCAGAAAAACUUUUACAGUUGCAAAACCAAACCGUACAGUAUGAAAACUUAGCACAAGAAAGUAAAAAUAACGACGCGGCUAUGCAAAAGGCAAUGAAAAGCGCAGAAUAUAUAAAAGCUAACAAUGACUG